AUGAAAGUCUAAUACUAAACUGGUUAUGACACAAGAGCAAAUAAUGUUCCUUAGAAAAAGAAAGAGUUCUAAUAUAACACCAAAUAACCAGAAAUAAAUGUUCUUUAGAACUAUGAAUCUUCGAGUAAUAAAAUCGAAUCCAUUCCUUGUCAUAUUAGAUCUAAAUCAUAUGAACAUGAUUAUUUUACUAAAGCAAUAAAUACUUUUGGAAUCAAUACUGAUUAAUCAUAACUAUAACCUUUAAAAACUAAACGAUAACAUAGUAUUUCUUAGAAAGAAAAUGAUCCAGGAUUCAUAUCUCCAAAAUUCAGAUUUGAAAGCUGUGAUACUGUUGUUACUAGAAAAUCAUAAAAGUAAUUUCUAAUUUUACUUUUAUUUUAGUAGUUUUAUCAAUGAAUUGUAAGAAUGUGUUGAUCUUUCAAAAGUUACUGAAUUAUCUAUGUAAUCUUAAUUUUCACCAUCCAAAAAUUAUACAGAAUUGAAAUAAAAAAUUGAAUAUAGAGAUAGUUUAAUAGAUGAAUUACAAAAAUAAUUAACUAGCACAUUAAAAAAUAUGACUUAAUAGAUAGAUAUAUUAAGAAAUGAAAAAAAUAAAGUUAUUUAAUAAUAAAUUCGAUAAAUUGAAAUAUAUGAAUAAUAAUUACAAGAAUGCAGAUAGGAAAUUCAAUUAAAGAAUAAGGAAUUAUUGUUAUUAAAAAAAAAUUAAAAAGACAUCAAAAAAGUUGUUGAUCUUCGAUAAGAAAAAUAUUAAAUAAAUUGUAAAGUUUUAAUCUUAUUUUUUCUUAGAAACUAGUUAGAAUUUUUUAUCUAAAAAAGAUUGUAUGUGCUAACAAUUAGAUAGAGAAAAUAAAGCUUUGUUGGCUAAAGUUGAUUAAUUUAGACAAUAACUUCAUGAUCUCAAAUAAAAUCUUGAGUUUAAUAAUCUAUCAAUCAAUAAUCAAAUUUCUGUAAUUGAGAAGUCUGAUUUAACAUAAUUUGAAAAAACUUUUAAAUAAUUAGCAGAAGAACUUAAUUUAACUAUUGAAAGCAAAAAUAUCAAUUCAAGCUUUAGUUUAUUAAACUAAGAAGUUAUUGAAGGAGUGAAAACACUAAAAUAAUAGUUUAAAGAAAAUGAAAAAUUUAUAAGAUGUUUAAAAGACUUAGUUAUUUAAUGUGCUCCUCAAGAUUAUUUCUGCUAAUCAGAUCCAAGUUUAAAGGAAGUUUGGAAAUUUAUUAAAUAGAUUUUAUAAUCUUAUUUAGAGCACAAAAGAUAAGCAUAAUUAAAUGAAGUAAUUUUCAACUAAUUAUUAAGGAUAUAGUCUUUACAUUAUGUAAAUAUUUUAGAUGUAAUAAAGGGGAAUUGAAUCAUAAAGGAGCCUGUCUUAUUGUUGAUUAAGAGGUUUAUUAAAGAAUAGUUGAUAAAAUUAAAAGAAUUUUAAAUUUAACUAAUUUAAGUAAUAUUAGAGAACUUGAUAGAAAAUUAGAUUACUAUUUAUAAUGA